AUGGUGCGGAUACUCUGGUACCGAGGAAGCCUUCCCGCAGAUUUGUCGUUGUACCCUGUUGCCGACUUGAUCAAAGCCAAUGUCACCGUCCCUUACGACCGCAGCGGCCGAUCCAUCAGCCCACCCCUCAGCACCCGGGGCCGCGACAUUAUCGAUCGAGAUGGGCGCCGCAUCAAGCUUGUUUCUGUGAACUGGUAUGGGGCGAGUGACGUUGACAUGGUACCGGGAGGUUUGAGUGUGCAGAAUCGCACCAAAAUCGCUCGGGUCAUCUGUGAGCUUGGAUUCAAUAGUGUUCGGUUGCCGUACGCCGACGAACUCGUCCACAAGAACCCAUUGAUCGAUCCCAAGCACCUGAAUGCGAACCACGACCUGAUUGGACUCCGAGCGUUGGACGUGUAUGCCGCUCUUGUUCGGACCUUGACCGAGGCCGGAUUGGCUGUGAUCAUCAACAACCAUAUCACGGAAGCGAGAUGGUGUUGCGACGGGAAUCCAUGUGACAUGGGGUGGAAGAAUAGUGACUUGGGACCUUUCUGCCCCGUCCGACAGACGGAGGAGGACUGGAUACAAGACGUCCUGACUGUGAUGGAGCCCCAUAUCAAUGAUCCGCUAGUGGUCGGUGUCGACCUGCGGAACGAGGUUCGUGGGUUCGCUGGACGUCUGAUGUGGAAUUCAUGGGCCUCUGCUGCGGAGCGUGCUUCGGAAAGACUACAUCGUCUUCAGCCGGAGUGGUUGAUGAUCGUCGAAGGGGUACAGUCGGCCAACGAUAUCAGGGGAGCCAAGGACAGACCGGUCCGCCUGGCACAUCAGAACAAGGUAGUGUACUCUUCUCAUGUAUAUGGAUGGUCAGGCUGGGGUUCGCUGGUGCCGUACUGGUAUCGGACGUACAAGUCUUUCGCCGCUGAUAUGACGAGGAACUGGGGAUAUUUGCGGCAGACUGACACAGCGCCGGUGUGGGUAGGGGAGAUAGGGGCCCCGAACUCACCUUCCAGGCGCGACUACCACUACUGGAAGAACUUGAUGAAGUAUCUAAGGGAGUCUGAUGCCGACUUCGCAUACUGGGCGAUCAAUCCACGCAAGCCGGGGAGUAAUUCUGUCGAGUCGUACGGGCUGCUACACGACGACUGGCAAACACCCAUCUACGACUAUAGAUUGUUGGAUAUGUCCAGGUUGAGACAAAAGUGA